ACCCCUAUCUUCCAUCAAAGUGGGUGUCGGCACAGCGGACAGGGUCAGAGUGACCCAUAAUGGAGAAAGGAAACACUAAAACGGCUGUAGCCCAACAAGUGGUCAAUGCCAUUAUUGCACUCAAGAACCCACGAGGGUCUACAGCCCAAGAUAUAAAAAAAUAUAUGGUUUCCAACGGACAGCUGAAGAAAGAUGACGACAUCAAACCCGCCAUUCUAGCAGCUCUAAAGUCAAACAAACUGAGCAGACCUGAAGGGGCUAGAGGGCGAUUUCUCUUUUGGAAUAGCAGCCUUCAACAAGAAAACGAAACAUCCAGCAAACGGCGAAGAUGUUGUGGAAGAAGACGGCGUAAAAAAAGAUGUUGCGGACGGGUACGUAGAAAAAGAGGAUGCGGCAAGCGGAGACGUCCGAAAAGAAGAUGUUGCAGGCGAGUUCGACGAGUGAGACGGCGAGGCGGUCUUUGUUGUCGACUGUAUCGCAAAAGAGAUACGAGACGUUUGGCAAGGAAAAUUUCAAACAUGAGGAUUCCACAAGGCAAACAACUCGUGGUUUUCUGUGCCAAAAGAAAAAGACGAAAGUAACGCAGCUCUAGAAAAAUGAGUUCCAUAGAUGAAAACAUUACAGGCUACUCACAGAUCAGUCAUGAAGAUGAUAACAACCAUGUUAAAGUUGAAACAUUGCUACCUUCUAAAUGUACUGUGCUUAAUGCAACAGACUCUGAAUUUGUCUAUGAUCAGCUAAUUAAUUUUAGAAAUAAUGUAGAAUUGUGUUCACAAGAUGAUAGUGUACCUGACAUGUAUACAAAUCAAAGUAAGGAAAUGUUCAGUGAUAAAGUAGCAGAUCUAAAGGAUGAAAUUUUGGGAGAAUCUCUUGACCCUUUUGAUGCUAUUUGUGAUGGAGAUGUUCUGAAUUCAUGCUCCAAUUGGAUGCAUUCUUCAAAGCUUGAAUUACAAUUUGAUCAAAGUGAUUUUUAUUCAGAAAAUUUCUAUCCAACAAGUCAGAACCAGCGCACAGGUCAAAUACAUAAUUAUUCUAACUCUCAGUCUGGAGAUCCUUUGAUGCAUUCAAGUGAUAAAAUCACUUUUAACUGUGAAAGUUCUUUGGAAGCAUGGAUGAGAGAUCUAGAUCAUGAUGAAACACAUUCAUUUGCAAAAGACUUUGAAGUUACUGAUGAAUGUGGAUCAUUUUCUGACAUAUUAUUUGACAAUGAGUUUCCAAACAAUUUUUUUCAAGAGACAGAAAGGCAUAAUAACCCUGCCACUUUUCCAAACAGUGAAUAUUCACAUAUAAAAGAUAAUGGAAACACCUCAGAAUUGGUGAAUCUUGAAAAUAACCUUACAAAAAUUUUUGGCUGUGAUAAUCUCUUGAACUUAAAUAAACAUCGACCUGAUGAAAUCCUUCAUGGAAAUGAUCAUUUUCAAAAACCCUUGUGUAGCUUCUCUUCAAGUGAGCAACUUGAUAAAAAUGAAAAUACUUUGUCAAAAUCUAACGUUUUGGUUACCAGUGUUGCACCUAUUUUAAUUCUGGCCAAAAAAGCAAAGAGCUUAACAGAACCUCCCCCUAGUAAUAUUGCAUGUAGCAGUUCGCAUAAACCAAGAUUGCUAAAUGAACGUAUCAACCCACAUAAUAGUGAGAAAAAUUCUCAAGGGAAGAGCAAAUCACAAGUUUUUGUUAUGAAGACUUGGGGUAACAAAGAUGGUAGCUUAGAAUUAAAUUUUGACAAGUGUCAGAAAAAGGGUGGAGCUAGCCAAAAUAGUUCUAAACACAAAGGUAAUGAAGCAUUGCUCAAGAAUUUCAAACCUGCAUUUCAAAACAAGAUUAAAGCUCAGAAAUCGACACCAAAGAGUUCUACUAAAAUUCAACAAAUGAUUGGCAUUUGUCAGGCAAAACAGAAAUAUUCAGACCAAAGUGUAUUGCCUGAUCAUUUUAAGAAAAAUUGUAACAGCCAUCCAGAGAGUAAGUCAAAAAUGUUUGAAUGUCUACCAGAGACAAAAUCAGCUCCCACUUCACAGAAUGUUAAAAACGAUGUGGGUAAACCCAAACACAACUUUUCAAUAAAAGUGGACAAAAAGGGCUGUGUUAUCUCCCUGCCUGCAAGAAAUGUCAAUUCAUUAAUGGUGAAGGAUCUUCUAUGUUUGUCAGGGCGCAAAAAAGAAAGAAGCAUAAUGGAGGAAACGGAUGAAUACAGAAAAAAUAUACACCAAAUAGUUUAUAAAAAGCAUUUACGACUAGAAAGAAAUAAAAAUUGUUGACUUGCUCAUGUUUUGUCUACUUUGUAAAUGACAAUGUAACAAUUGAAAAAAAAGUGCAAUCACUGUUUGAGAAAUAAACUAGGGAAAGCACUGAACAGUUUUAUUUUCAUAGAUGUUAUCUAUAGAAUUUCACAAAACAUUUAUCAGACAUGUUCAGCCAAUGGCUGUAGCAUGGCA